CUAAUGCUCCAUGUUUGUUGACAAUUUAGAAGACAGUUGACCGUUUAAGAAUGGUGGUAAAUGAUAAUAUUUGAGUUGUCGUUUCUUACACAUGAGUCGUUGCGAACGCAACACGGCCAUCUCAGGCUUCUCUCCGCUAAGGCAUGAGCGAGGUUAAGGACAAUAUUUAUCGGCGAAGUUAUCAAAUUUAAUCGGUACCCUUGGCUCAUCUCUCAGGGGAGUAGCGAUGAGGAUCAAUCGUCAGGGCAUGAUCAGCCGCGUCAUGUAAUGGUAACGUGCUGUUUUUAAGACUGCUCCUCGUACAUGCGUGCGCGCGCGCGCGCGCGUUGUUUGACAGCUACAUCGACAGCUACAACGACGACGACGACGACGACGACGACGACGACGACGCAUUGACAACGGAGAACAUGUUCGUGCACAUCUGGUCCUUAAUAUGUUGGUACCUGAGGCCCUUCGUCAAGUGGUUCCUGCGUCAGACUACGCAGAUGUGCGAGCUUCAAAGGAUUUGUUAUGGUCAGCCUUCCGGAGCACCGCGUGCUUUUGCCGUCGAGGAGUCUCUCAGGCGGUCGCGCGAUGCAAAUAUCCGGACUUUAGUCACAUAUUUGAACGAUAUCGCCGAUCAACGCGGGAUUAGCACGAAAACGGAGCGCAAGAUCCUCGAGGAGGCUAUCAGAACUGUGCUGGUGACGAAGAGGAUCAAUCCAACCGCUCACCCGGACUUCGCCAAGUCGUUCGGCAAGUGCGUGGAGUUGAUCUGGGGUUACCGUCAGCUGUGCGUGGAAUGUGAGGAGCUAAGGAGGAUGCCGUACAGUACGGACAAUCCUGAACACGAGCAGUUGUUACUGAAGCUGUGGAAUCUGCUGAUGCCGUACGAACCGUUGGACGCGAGGGUGACGAAGCAGUGGCAGGAGAUCGGCUUCCAAGGGGAUGAUCCGAAGACGGACUUUCGCGGGAUGGGCAUCCUCGGGCUCGAGAAUCUCGUUUAUUUUGCUCAAGAAUACCCGAGUGCGGCCACGCACGUGCUGUCGCACUCUGCUCAUCCGCGUUAUGGCUAUGCAUUCGCCAUCGUCGGCAUAAACCUCACUAGCAUGGCGCUCAAGCUGCUGAGGGACGGCAGUGCUAAAACCCACAUAUACAAUUCCUCGAAAACGCUGCCGACAAUCCGUGCCUUUCAUCAGUUUUAUUGUUACCUGUUCUAUGAAUUCGAUGGCUUUUGGAUUGAGUCGAAGCCUAGUAAUAUGAUGGAGUUCUCGUCUAUACAGGAGAAGUUCGAGAACAGCAUCAGAAUUGCAUUAGCUAAUCCAUCGACUGUUUUUAGGAUAAACGUGGCAGUUGACAAUAUUUAAUACAUUAAUACAAAUGCCUUUUACAUGUAAGACAAGACCAAAAUAACUGCGUACAGGAUGAGUACAAUGUUUGAGCUCUCAUAUACACAUACACACACGAAAAUUUAUUUUUUAUUAUAUAUUUUUCACAUUGUCGGCUUGAUUGUGAUAUUAAGAUGGCAUUUGAAUGGAUAGCGAGUAGGUUUCUCUGUUGUAGAGAUUUCUGCUUUUCCUUUAGCUAUGUAAUAUAGUUAUUAACAUGUCGAUGUUAUAUAUCCUAUAGCAAUUGUAUUAGAAAAUUACAAGUUUUGUUUCUCGUUUUUAUCUUAAGAGAAUUCAUAUAAAUUUCUAUACAGAUAAAUCCUAUUUGUGAAAAUAGGAUAUGAAA